AUGGCAGACACCGAAUAUCCCACCCAAAAGCCAUGGCUUUUUGAUUUACGGUCAUCAAAGCAGCUUAUAGGGGUAGCUUUCUUCGCCACAACAUUCACAGAUGGAUUUCUAUACGGAAUAGUUGUGUCUGUCCUUCUCUUCUCUUUGACCAGACGAUCCGGAGUCCCAGAAUCCGAUGUUCCAUUCUGGACCUCAACCUCUUUGGCUGUCUUUGGAAUGGCAAUGGUCUUUAGUGCUCCAAUGGCAGGAUAUAUUGUGAGAGUAUGCGAGAAGCGGCAAAUCCCGUUUUUGGGAGGGCUUUCUUGCGCAUUUGGGGCUACUCUGUUUUUCAUGCUCGGAAACAAGCCGUGGAUGAUCAUCGUGGCUAGAAUCUUCCAAGGUCUAUCUGCGGGCGUGGUCUAUACUGCUGGACUGACGCUGUUAGUGGACACGAUUGAGUCACACGAGCUGGGACCCUGGAUCGGAUUUGGCCUCUCAGGCAUGAAUUUUGGAGUUCUUGUAUCACCCACUCUCGGGGGAAUUGUAUAUGAGAAAUCAGGGUUCUAUUCUGUUUUUGUGAUGGGUCUGGGAGUUGUUUUCGUCAACUUGGUGCUGAUCCUGCUCAUUGUUGACAGAAAGACCGCUGAAAAGUACAAAGGUCCAGCCAACCCGACCGGGAAUCCAAACCUUCUCAAUGAAGAGACUGUUCAAGCAUCCGCCGCAAGCGCCAAAAGACGAGUACCAAACGUUGAAAAUGGCGACAUGAACGCAACGACACCAUUGCUCUCAAGUUGCGGAGAACCGUCUAUCAAACCCGAAGAUCAACCUAGCUGGUGUUCGAUUGUUGGUGGAUUUGUGAGGAAUCCUCAAUUAGUUGCUGCUCUAUAUGGAUGUCUCAUCAACACUAUCCUGGUGAGCUCUAUGGAUGCGGUCCUGCCGAUAUUUGUCAAGCAAACAUUCCACUGGUUGUCUGGUGCGACUGGUGCAAUUUUUCUGAACUUGACUGUCCCAUCAUUGAUUGGUCCCUUUAUUGGAAUAAUCUCAGACAAAUAUGGCGUCCGGUCUGUAUCUGUGAUUGGGUUUACUUUUGCGGCUGUGGGGGUUACUUUUCUUGCUUUCAUACAAAGCGACGACACGCGAAGCAAAAUAGUAGCAUGCUUCUUAUUGUUUCUGGUUGGCAUUGGACUCAAUACCUCAUUGACCCCUCUAGUCACAGAAAUACCUCGCAUAGUCAACUCUCUUCAAGAGGAGAAACCCGAUAUAUAUGGAGAUGGAAGUGCAGUUGCUGAAGGCUACAUGCUUCUGGAUGCCGUAUUCGGCGCUGGAACUGUACUGGGGCCCUUGCUCUCUGGGCCUGCAUUCGAAAAAUUAGGAUGGAUUGGGUGUACAGCGAUGCUGGGGCUCUUGAGUGUCUCAGCCAUGGUCCCAGUUGUAAGUAUUCUGAUAUGUCGACGCCAUUUAUACUGA